AUGGCAGAGACCAAGCGUAGCCGUGUCUUCUUCGACAUCAACAUUGGCAAGUCCAGUGCUGGCCGUGUCACUUUUGAGCUGUACAACGACAUCGUCCCCAAGACUGCCGAGAACUUCCGCGCAUUGUGUACUGGUGAGAAGGGCCAAGGAAAGAAUGGCAAGCCUCUCCACUACAAGGGCUCUUCUUUCCACCGCGUCAUCAAGUCCUUCAUGAUCCAGGGCGGUGACUUCACUGCUGGCAAUGGAACUGGUGGUGAGAGUAUCUAUGGAGAGAAGUUCGAGGACGAGAACUUUGAGCUCAAGCACGAGAAGCCUUUCUUGUUGAGCAUGGCCAAUGCUGGUCCAGGCACCAACGGCUCCCAAUUCUUCGUUACCACCGUUCCCACUCCCCACCUUGACGGAAAGCACGUUGUCUUCGGCGAGGUUCUCGGAGGCAAGAGCAUCAUUCGCACCAUCGAGAACACACCUACUAGCUCCAACGACAAGCCCAACAAAGACUGCACCAUCGUCGACUGUGGUGAGCUCACUGGCCAAGAAUACGAGAAGGCUGCCGAAAAGGUUCCCGACAGCACAGGAGACCCAUACGAAGACUUCCCCGAGGACCAGGGCGAGGACAUCCCUGGACUCGAGAUUGUCAAGAUUGCCAACGACCUGAAGACUAGAGGAACCGACGCUUUCAAGAAGGGAGAUAUCGCUCUUGGUCUCGCCAAGUACCAGAAGGGUCUGAGAUACCUCCAUGAAUACCCCGAGCCCCUCGAGAACGACGCACCAGAGCUUGGCCCUGCUUUGGCCUCGCUCAGAAUUGCUCUCCACUCCAACAGUGCUCUUCUGCAGUUGAAGCUCAAUGAGUUCACUGACGCAGAGAAGUCUGCUACCAACGCCAUCGCAGUCCCUCAGAUCAAGGCACCGGAAAAGGGCAAGGCUCUCUACCGCCGCGCUCUGGCAAGAAAGGGCCUGAAGAACGAGGAGGACGCUGUUGCCGACUUGGAGGAGGCACUCAAGUUCGUUCCCGAAGACGCAGCAGUCAAGAACGAGCUCGCCGCCGUCAAGAAGGCCGCUGCCGACAGAGCAAAGAAGGAGAAGGCUGCGUACAGCAAGUUCUUUUCAUAG